UUCUUUGGAAAAAAAUUCAAAGCAAUUGCUAUGCUGUCAGUUUUCAUCGUUUCCGCUGCAGUACAUGAAUAUACCCUGGCGAUUUGCUUGGGUUACCUGUAUCCAGUCAUGUUCUCCUUGUUCCUGUGUUUUGGAAUGGUUUUCAACUUCAUUCUCCACGACCGGCGGAAAAACCCCAUUUUUAACAUCAUCAUGUGGGCGUCCCUCUUCCUUGGCCAAGGUGUCCUUAUUUGCCUUUAUGGGCAAGAGUUAUAUGCCCGUCAGUACUGUCCCAGGGAAAAUCCAACUUUCCUGGAUUAUGUGAAACCACGUUCUUGGUCUUGCCCCCUUAAGAUAUGAAGACCUCUGGGAGUUAUCAUUAGAACCGAGAUCAGAAGAUGCUAUUUAGUCAAACAAUAACAAAUUGGGUCCAAUGAUAUAAAUGUGUUGAGCCUUUUUUUAAAAGGGAAAUUGUAUGUAUUUCUGGAAAAUGAUGGCAUUUUGGCGCACUAGGCAGCUAAACCUGUAACAAGGCCCAAUAGAUUAUUCUCAUUCUUAGCUAUUCCAAUAUGAGCCAUUUCCAUGCUGGUCAUGAAAUCUGCUAAAAGGUUACUGAAGAAAUUUCUAGUUGUUUUGCUUAUUGCAAAUAGUUCUCUGUGUACUAUUCCUUUUUACCCAUUGUUUCCUUAAAAAAAAUAAUAUUGUGUGAUCUGGAUAAUAGUGACUAUUUGCAUAACUCUUUUAUCAGAAUCACACUUGAAAUGGGACAUUUGGACAGUAUUUGUACUGCAGAACGAAUAGGCCAGCUGCUACUUUUGUCCAGAACCUGAGGGGGAAAAAAACAGAUAUGGGUUAAGGGGGGAAAAAAAUAAAGAACAGUUAAGGUACCUUUACAAUUUAUUUUAUUUCUUAAACCAUAUCAUAAAGGAUUGCUGAAAUAUGUUACUGAGAGCCCUCUUUGGUGAUGAAUCAAAGAUAUCCCUCCCUUGUAAGUGAAUGUAUUAAUACCUGGUUUCAGAUCACCUGCCACAAGGGGGCUUCUCCCCUAAUAGUAAUAAUAUAAAUAUGUGAUUUCUAUGGAUGCAGCCAUCCAACGGAUAUUAGUAGAAAUUGUAAUUUGGCCUCGGGUAAAUAAAAGUUGGGCAUGAUCCAACACUGCUUUUGAAGGGUAAAAUUAUUGCCUGUACGAAUAGUGUAUUGUGAAAAAUGUGUCUAACGUUUUGCUUUGACAUCUUUCAGUAUUUUUCUUUCAAAUUAAAGUAAGCCCAGUGUUAUUGACUGUACCACCGUCUAGUACUUCCCGUGAUGCCUAGUUUCUUAAUAAUCUGACAACACAAGAGUGGCCAUUUAUUACCAGGUUCAUUUAUCUUUUAGUUUUUGAACUGUUAAUAGAAGAACAUGUUAAGUACUAAACUUGUUGUAAAUUACAUGGCAAGCUUAUAGCAAAGUUAUCAGAGGCAGCCUUGUGGGUUCCAUUAACAUUCAGACUAGGACCAGUUUCUGUACUGAUGAUGUGUUCUAUUGAAGCUCACAGAAUUUAAAACGAAAUGUGUUUAAAACUUUCCUUCUCUCUUUAGUUUAAGACCAAUUUAAAUGUGAUAUUAUUAACCCAGUAUUGUAUGAUACUUUUUUUCCCAAAAAAAGGUUGCCAUUUAAGACCAAUUUAAAUGUGAUAUUAUUAACCUAGUUAACAAUUGUAUGAUACUUUUUUAAAAAAGGUUGCCAUAAAAGGUAUAUUUUAUACUACCUUCUCUUCCUUGUUAUGAUCUUAGUUCAAAGAAUUUGGAAGUGAAGCUCUCUUUGUUUGCAAUCAUAGACAGUUUUUUCCCCCUAUCAAUAAAAAUUCAUUCAGCCAGCAAAUGUAGUUUCAUGCAUUAGAUUUCUGUGAGCUAGUCUUUCUCAACUAUGAGCAUAAUAUCUUCAGUAUUAAAUUAUUUACAAACAUUAUUAGUAUGUGAUCAUAUGCCCAUUAUUUUUGUGGUCAUAUGCCCAUUAUUAUUACAUUUAUUGAUGACCACUGCAGUGAUACAAAUCAUAAUUAGCAUUGAAGAACUGAGAAAAAAACACAUUGAUUUGGAAAACUUCAGUGUCCUGUUUAAAAUAGCAGUUUGCUCAGUAACAUUCCUUUGAAAGUAAUAACGGGAUGGAUUAGGUAUGGAACACCCUGAGACAUGUUUUUGCCAAUGUGACACAUAAUCACUAUAUUGGUAGCUGACAGUUAAUACCCUACAAGGGCUGAUAUAUAGCCUGUGGAUAAAUAUUAGAGAACUCUGUUUCACUAGUCAAUGUGAACUAUUCAUAAGGCAUUGGGGCUGUGACUCAAUUAAAUAAAAUAGUUGGAGAUGGGGAAAAUAAAUACAGUCUAUAUAUAUAUAUUUCAGAAUUGAGUCAUGGUUCUCUAGUGCAUUAUAGAUACUGAUUGUUUUUUUCUCUUUGUUUUGUCUAAUUUUGUCAAACUGAACUCAUACUGCAUUUGUUUUCUGUAGUAUAACUUUAAUUACUUAACUGAAAUGAUUUAAUGUAACCACAGAGCACCAGAGUUAAUCUUUUUUUCAGGAUAAAAGUAGCUUGAUAUAUAUUAAAAGGGCAACUGGAAGAUUUUCAUUCUGCAAAUAUAUUUGAAAUACCCUUUGAUUUCUGAAAAUUAAACAGACACGUUUCAAUACUAUGUUUUGUUGUUUUUUUUAAAAAUUAGAAGAAGACAAACUGAAGGAAACCUUGGAAGAUUUGAUAUAAGACAUGACUUUUACAUGACUGAUAUAAAUUAAAACCUUUAAAUUAUGUCAUAUUAAUAGAACUAGUUUCACACUGAAAGUUUUCACACUGAAACCAGCUUUUCCUAAAAAAUCAUUGUAUAUAUUUUAAGAAUUGCUGGCAUGGAAUGCUUGUUAUUUAUAUUUGGUAAUUACGUGGUGGACAAAUCCAAUAACAUUUACAGAAAGAAUACUGAAUUUGUUACUUUGAAAUAAAACUUGUGUUCUUCUAAA